CCCUUUUAUGCUAGGGCCCGCCCUGCCUCGGCCCCGAAACCCGAUUGCCUACCUUUAGACCACUUUGGCCCCUUAGCAGUAUUCACAAAUGUUUUCGCACUCGCACUUUUUACCUUUUCCUUCCCCCUCUCCCUUCCUCUCCUCCUGUUACCUUUUACACUUGUAUUUUUCUCUCUCUUUUGACCCUCAUUUUAGCACGCUAUCUACUCACGUGUUUAUUUUUGCUUUGUAUAUCCUUUUCCUAAGGGUACGUUUUCUUAUUUUGAAACUCAGCAUUACCCAUCACCUGUCACAUUUCCUAUCCCUAAUGGGUUUUUUGAGUGUCUUUUGAGCCUUAUUUGGUUUGUGGGAAAAUUAAGGCCCAGUUUUGCCACCACUGAACCUGUUUAUGUCUUGUAUCCCUAGGAUUUCCCCUGCCCCAGUUCAUUUUCUUUAUAGUUGCACCUUUCUCCUUCUGUUAGUCUUCCCUGAUGCGUCAUAGCCUCUUUUACCCUUCCUCACUUAAACCUUUUUCUUUCCCCACUUUUAAGUUGUUUUCUUUUCUUUUAGAUCAAGAUCACUCCAUGGAUGAAAUGACAGCAGUGGUGAAAAUUGAAAAAGGAAUUGGUGGCAAUAACGGGAGCAGUGGUAAUGGUGGUGGUGCCUUUUCUCAGGCUCGAAGCAGCAGCACAGGCAGUACCAGUAGCAGUGGAGGAGGAGGGCAGGAAUCCCAGCCAUCCCCUUUGGCUCUGCUGGCAGCAACCUGCAGCAGAAUUGAGUCACCCAAUGAGAACAGCAACAACUCCCAGGGCCCAAGCCAGUCAGGGGGCACAGGUGAGCUUGACCUCACAGCUACACAACUUUCACAGGGUGCCAAUGGCUGGCAAAUCAUCUCUUCCUCCUCUGGGGCUACCCCUACCUCAAAGGAACAGAGUGGCAACAGUACCAAUGGCAGUAAUGGCAGUGAGUCUUCCAAGAAUCGCACAGUCUCUGGUGGGCAGUAUGUUGUGGCUGCCACCCCCAACUUACAGAAUCAGCAGGUUCUGACAGGACUAUCUGGAGUGAUGCCUAACAUUCAGUAUCAAGUAAUCCCACAGUUCCAGACCGUUGAUGGGCAACAGCUGCAAUUUGCCGCCACUGGGGCUCAAGUGCAGCAGGAUAGUUCUGGUCAAAUACAGAUCAUACCAGGUGCAAACCAACAGAUCAUUACAAAUCGAGGAAGUGGCGGCAACAUCAUUGCUGCUAUGCCAAACCUACUUCAGCAGGCUGUCCCCCUCCAAGGCCUGGCUAAUAAUGUGCUCUCAGGACAGACUCAGUACGUGACCAAUGUACCAGUGGCGCUGAAUGGGAACAUCACUUUGCUACCUGUCAACAGCGUUUCUGCAGCUACCUUGACUCCCAGCUCUCAGGCAGUCACAAUUAGCAGCUCCGGGUCCCAGGAGAGUGGCUCACAGCCUGUCACUUCAGGAACUGCCAGUUCUGCCAGCUUGGUAUCAUCACAAGCCAGUUCCAGCUCCUUUUUCACCAAUGCCAAUAGCUACUCAACAACUACUACUACCAGCAACAUGGGAAUUAUGAACUUUACCACCAGCGGAUCAUCAGGGACCAACUCUCAAGGCCAGACGCCCCAGAGAGUCAGUGGGCUGCAGGGGUCUGAUGCUCUCAAUAUCCAGCAGAACCAGACAUCUGGAGGCUCACUGCAAGCAAGUCAGCAAAAAGAGGGAGAGCAAAACCAGCAGACACAACAACAGAUUCUUAUUCAGCCUCAGCUAGUUCAAGGGGGACAGGCACUUCAGGCCCUGCAAACAGCGCCAUUGCCAGGGCAGAGCUUUACAACUCAAGCUAUCUCCCAGGAAACCCUCCAGAACCUCCAGCUUCAGGCUGUUCCAAACUCUGGCCCCAUCAUCAUCCGAACACCAACAGUAGGGCCUAAUGGACAAGUCAGUUGGCAGACUCUACAGCUGCAAAACCUCCAAGUGCAGAACCCUCAAGCCCAGACAAUCACCUUGGCCCCAAUGCAGGGUGUUUCCUUGGGUCAGACCAGCAGCAGCAACACCACCCUUACACCUAUUGCCUCAGCUGCCUCCAUCCCUGCCGGCACAGUCACUGUGAAUGCUGCUCAACUCUCCUCCAUGCCAGGCCUCCAGACCAUUAACCUCAGUGCAUUGGGCACUCCAGGAAUCCAGGUGCACCAGCUUCCAGGCCUGCCAUUGGCGGCUAUUGCAAAUACGCCAGGUGAUCAUGGAGCUCAGCUUGGCCUCCAUGGGGCAGGUGGUGAUGGGAUGCAUGAUGAUACAGCAGGUGGAGAGGAAGGAGAAAACAGCCCAGAUCCACAACCCCAAGCUGGUCGGAGGACCCGGCGGGAAGCAUGCACCUGUCCCUACUGUAAAGACAGUGAAGGAAGGGGAUCUGGGGAUCCUGGCAAAAAGAAGCAGCAUAUUUGUCACAUUCAAGGCUGUGGCAAAGUGUAUGGCAAGACCUCACAUCUACGGGCACAUUUACGUUGGCAUACAGGCGAGAGGCCAUUCAUGUGUACCUGGUCAUACUGUGGGAAGCGCUUCACACGUUCGGAUGAGCUACAGAGACACAAGCGCACACACACAGGUGAGAAGAAGUUUGCCUGUCCUGAGUGUCCUAAGCGCUUCAUGAGGAGUGAUCACCUGUCAAAACAUAUCAAGACCCACCAGAAUAAGAAGGGAGGCCCAGGUGUAGCCCUGAGUGUGGGCACUUUGCCCCUGGACAGUGGGGCAGGUUCAGAAGGCAGUGGCACUGCUACCCCUUCAGCCCUUAUUACCACCAAUAUGGUAGCCAUGGAGGCCAUCUGUCCAGAGGGUAUUGCUCGUCUUGCUAACAGUGGCAUCAACGUCAUGCAGGUGGCAGAUCUGCAGUCCAUUAAUAUCAGUGGCAAUGGCUUCUGAGAUCAGGCACCAGGGCAAGAGACAUAUGGGCUAAUACCCAUCAACGUUGGGAUGCAAGUUAGCAUGGGUCCAAGAGACACGUGGGAAAGAGAGCCAUGAGGCAUUAAAAUACAUGGUGGUGGGAAUUGGGGGAGAGAAAGAAGAAAUGGGGUCCUGGAACCCAUCUGUAUCAUCAGUGCCUCCUUGAAGGUGGAAACAUUAGUGAAAAUUCUGUUGGUGCCAUCCUUUGAUGAGCAUUUGUUUGAUCCCAGUUUCUUAUACUUCUUACCCUAGCCUCCCCUUUGUACGUUUUCCCUUCUCAACUCUCCCGUGGUGGAUCCCCCCUUUCCUAAAGCCAUCAUGCCUUGAUAAAUAUAUAUGAUCAUUGAAAUACUUUUUAACAA